AUCGCCUCGACAUCCAUCGCGCUCCACAACUCUCUACUGCUCUCUUCAUCUCUCUCAUCUCUAUCUUGUCUCUCUCUCUCUCGCCCCCGUAAUCAACUUGCACGCUGCUCAGUGGCACAUCCACCACAAUGUCCCACUUUGAUACACUCUCCCGCACCACGUCGGGCGGACGUUCCUCCGUCUCCCGCUCUCAGUCUCUGAUCAAGAAGAACACUGCCCCGUAUGAGCUCAAGCCCAGCGACAUCCUCAUCGAGCGCUUCACCGCCUGGAAGCAGAUCGUCAAGAUGCUAAUCUCCUAUUUCGAGGGCAUUGCCGACAUCGAAGGAAACACAUCCAAGGAGCUCACAAAGCUCGCAGCCGUCAUCCAGGUCCCCUUCCGCCCCGGUAACCAGUUCCUGGGCGAGGGCGGUGUGCAGGACGUCUUCUACACCAUCCGGGACAAGACACGCGUCAUCGCGGAUUCGCAUGCCUCGCUUGCGCGCACCAUCGACUCAUCCAUCGUCCAGCACCUCCAGAAGCUUCGUACCGAGAUUAAGGCGCACAUCAAGAACGUCCAGAAUGACACUGGCAAGCUUGCUGCCAGCGUAGCGCGUGAGCGUGAGCUCUCGACCAAGGCCAUUGCCGACCUGUCCCGCGCCAUCUCGGCCUGCAACAACACGCCUAUGCAGCUCAAUGCCAAGGAAGACCCUUACGCUGUCAACAUUGCCGUCAUGAAGCAGCUCCAGAAGCAGGUCCAGGAGGAGAACGCCCUGCAAAAGUCAAUCGUCAUCAUGCAGCAGAACUCGGCUCACUUUGAGGAGGGCAUCGUGCGCUCGAUCCAGAGCGCAUGGGCGACCUUUGACGAGUGGCAGAGCCGCAUGUCAGCCUCGGUCCAGGAGACUUGGCGCCAGCUUGGCGUCAACAUGGGCCAGCUCAUGCCCGACCGCGAGUGGAUCGCCUUCGCCGCCCGCUCUGACCACCUGCUCGACCCCGAGACCCCUCUCCGCAACCCGGAGGCUAUCGACUACCCCGGCCGCAAUGAUCCUGCUGUUGUCCCUGUCCACUGUGGCGCUCUCGAGCGCAAGAAGCGUUUCACCAAGUCGUACAAGGAGGGCUUUUACGUCCUUACCCCUGCCGGAUUCCUCCACGAGUACACCAGCUCUGACCCGAACCUCGCCACCCACCCUGUUUGGUCUCUCUUCCUGCCGGCAUGCACCCUUGGCCCGCCUUCGUCUGCUAUGACCGCAAAGUCGCACAAGUUCCACAUCGAGGCACGCAAGGACGGCACAUCGGCGUUCGGCAAGACGCCCGGUGGCGGCCGCUUCUUCGGCAGCUCCGAGGCGUACACGUUCCGCGCACGCUCGCACGAAGAGAUGAUGGAGGUAUGGAACGACCUGCGCAUGCUGGUUGCGAGAUACCUCGUUGCGUCGGAGCAGAUGGAGCGGGACGGCCCAAUCGCACAGGCCGUCCGCUCGGUCGGCUACCAGUCGGAGGGCGAAGACGAGGACGAGUACGACGAGGGCUCGUCCGUCGAGGCCGAGGACGACGAGUACGAGCACAACCUGCACGAGCACGAACACGAGCACGAGCACGAAGAGGAGAUCCCGGCGUACGAGCGCGGCACGGCGCCCGUCGAGGUCGGCCCGAACGGCUAUGCGCUCGAGAAGAAGCAUGCUAGUGGACACGACGAUGCGGGCGCGUCGUCGAGCCGCCGCGACGGCAAGGCCGCGGCCUCUAGCACUGGUGAGGAUGCCGAGGAGCGCGAACGCGCGCAGGCCGAGGCCGCCAGCGCGAGCACGAGCGCGCACGAGACGGGCGCCGAGCCCGCCGCCGAUUCGGCAGAGCAGGACGCACAGCCCGGCAUGUUCUCGCGGCUCAUGGGCACGGGCACGCCGUCUAAGAAGUAGACGGGGGCGGACCGCGACAUAGAUUUUUGAUAUCCUCCUGCUAACGAAAGCUUAAUUGGAGGGCUGUAGCGACGAGAAACAAGCAAGAUAUACGAUAGUACUAGUAUGGAUGUGUGCUUUGACG